AUGCCUUUUUUUCGCUUUGGUUUGUUGGAGAUUUUUUGGUGGGUUCUUGUUGGCACUGUCGUGUUUUCCCCUUUAUUGUUUUUCCACUUUUUUAUGUGAGUUGGUGAUUGAGUUAAAUUAUGUAAUGUGUUUGACGGACGCCAUUAGUUAACAAAAAAACCACCCUUAGAUGUAGCUGAAAGAGAGGAGUGGGAAUAUAGAUGAUUCAAAAUUGGCUUCCAUAAGAACCAUUUUUAUUAAAUACGGGUAGUUACGAAACACCAUAUAUGUUUAAAAAGAACCUACUAUACCUAGAGAGAAUGUUUAAAAGUUCUCAAAAAUCCCCAAGAUCAAUAGAAUGUUGAGAAGUAGAUGUAAGAGUUACUAUACUAGUUAUUGCUUACUAGAAUAAUGAUUAUGGAAAUACUAGUUAUUGCUUACGAUUCUGCUAACUUUUUUAUUGAAUUUUUAUAUCAAGUGCAAGAUUUGCACUCAAUAACUCCUGAUUAUUUGUUAGAAGUGAGUGGGGGCAGUAAUACAUCCUCUUUCUUAUCAGUAGAAAAUCCCAUCAUCCGUGCUGCAAUGAAUAUGGAUGGGGUGGCAAGGAUUGGUGGUUGCAGCCGUGAAGAAGCAUCUGGAAAAGUUGAUGAGAGUUGUCCAUCUGCAGUUGCUGCAGCUGUGGAAAAAAUUAGAAGAAACAACCACAAAAUAAGAAGUUUGAGAGAUGAAAUUGCUGCGGUUAGGCAGAAACUAAGUGAUCUAAGAAAUACUCGAAAGUACAAAAGGUAUCGUUCUGGUCAUGAAGCUGGUGUUGCUGUUGAGGGUGAGGGGAAUGAAUUUGCUACAGGUGAUGCACAUGAACAAGCUGCAGUUGAAGAACUUGGUGCUGCUGUUGAGGGUGAGGGGAAUGGAUUUGCUAAAAGGCGUUGUCAACAUAUUACUGCCCUUCGGGAUGAGAUUUUACCCUCAAAAGAUUGAAGGUCAUCAUGUAUUGUAGAGCCCUCAUUAAGGAUCUUAAUAUUGGGAAUUCAAGUGUGAUUGUAAGUCUCAUGAAAAAGUAGAACUCUAUAAUGGUGAUGACAGCAUGUUUAUGAUGUCGAAAUAUGUAGUACAACAUAUGACCAAUAGAUCUUUGAUAAAUUGAAUUGUAACAA